AAUCCUAUUUAUGGUCAUGAUGUUCUCGCUCGUGAUAAAUUGCUUCCGGAAGAAUGCCACAAUAGCAACACUUGUUGUGGCGACAGUAACAAUUCAGUUCUGCUUCUAAACGAGUGCAGUGCUACAAUGCAGUACUCAUUCCACUGCUCUAAAGAUUUGGGGAAAUCUCAGAGUGCACCACCAUCAACCGAAACAACAAAGACAAUGGACCUGAUACAACGGUUGAAUUCCGUCGUUUUCCCCGAGGCAGUUGAAACCGGUGGCUUCGGGGAUGAUGUGGAAAAAUUCGUUUCCUUCGAGCCCAAUGACAACAAAGGCACCGAUCAAUUUUGCUCGGAACCCGUGUUUGGCCAAGUCGUAUUGGAGAAGAAAACGGGCGAACGCUUCGUUCAGCCGGUUCUCGUGAAAGCUCAAAGCAGGGCCGAAUUCCCACCGCAAGAAUUCUCGGACUACAUGUUCCACAACGAGGUUCUAUUCUACACGCGGAUCAUGCCUUUGUUCCGGAAAUAUGACAAGUGCAACGUGCUUUCAUCCAGCUUCCCCGAAUUCGUGUGCGGAAAAGGGACGAUUGGCCAGAGGCCCACCGAGAACAUCCUCGUGAUGAAGGAUCUCCGUCAGAAAGGAUUCGAGCCGUGCAGGACCCCGUAUCGUUUGGACGAGGACCACCUGGAGCUCGUCCUGGACAGACUGGGCAAGUUUCACGCCUUAUCACUGGUUUGUAAACUGGAAGAUCGUGCUGGAUACGAGGCAGUGAAUUCCCGUAUCUGUGCCGGCGAGUAUUCAAAGGGAGUCCGCGCAUUUGGUGCCGUUGUCUCCGAGGAGGCUUUCCGCGACUGCAUGUUCCGAGGCAUCGAGCCCCUCCGAAAUGACCCCGACUACAAAGACCGUCUAGCGGAUCUGUGCGCCAACUGCGAGGAACCUUCCAAGUGGCUGGACAAAUACGCCCUCACUUCGAACCCCUUGAGUGAGCCUCUGAGUGUGAUCAACCACGGUGAUUUCCACAUCAACAACAUGAUGUUCAAGUACCAGGACGAUGGGAAACCCUCCGAGGUUGCGUUCUUCGAUCUCGCCGUUAUCAGGAACGCCACGCCGGCUGUCGACCUCAGUGUCAUGUUUCUCUUCGGCGUUGACCCGGAUAUCAUCCGCAAAUGUUGGAGCAAUGUUUUGCAUGUUUAUCACGACGCCUUGUCCAGUCAAAUGGGCGAUCAGCGAGAGAAGCCAUCGUUUGAGACGGUGGAACUGGACCUCCGGAAAAAGGGAAUAUUCGCCUACUACAUUCUUGCAUGUUGCUCGCCCAAGGUAAUGGAUGUCAAAGAGGGGAUCAACCACCCUCCACCACCCGUGUUAGAGGGCUUGGACGAUGAUCAGUUGAAGGCGACGAUUAAGGAGCACAUAAGCGAAUUGCGGAGGAGAGGAGGCACCCAGGCCACUGAGCUUCUUGCCGAAAUCGUCAGGGUCAUGAUCGAUAAAAAGUUCAUUUUUGAGCACUGAUGGGCAGUUCGUCUUCCGAAUGACAAAAGAGCGUAAGACACGUCGAGAUGAGUCCGGAAAAACUUUAAAUUGUAUGGAUGGCAGGGUUCAUUGCUGAUUGUAAUUACACCCCAGAAAGCGUCUGGCCGAAAGUCAGGCGAAACAAACGUAAAAGCUACCUUUUGCAUGCUUUUGUGGCUGAGUUUGAACACAAAACAAAGAAACUUUCAGGUUUGAAAUUGGCAGGGAGGGCAUUUCAUACUGAAAAAAAGAUUGGUAGAAUUUACCAUUUCUUCACGCUGUAUAUGGAAUACAGCGUGAAUUCUAUGUCGAUUCUGCUAAAGGAAUGGUUACCUGUACCGGCAUAUAGUAACGUUUACCUUUUUUCUGGCAGAAUUGACUCUGAAUGGACGCUGUGUGAAAUACAGCGUGAAGGAAUGGCGGAUUCUACCAAUCUUCAAGUCGAUUCUGCCAGAGGAAUGGUAAUCUGUACCAGUCUAUAGUAACGUUUACCUUUCUUCUGACAGAAUUGAAUCUGUGAAAUACAACGUGAAGGAAUGGUACAUUCUACCAAUCUUGUUUUUCACUGUGCUUAAAAGCAUGGCGGACAGACUAAUGGACAUAUUCUGUCAAACGGAGCUAUGUGCAUUAUAACGUGAGCCCUUUUAUGCACAAAUGCUUAUGGGUCUCAGGGCUCGUGUCUUAAUGCACAUAGUUCCGUUUGACAGAAACACGUCCAGAUGAUCUUGAAAGACUUCACAGACAGAGGCAAAUGGGCUUGAUUUGAGAAAUAUUUUUCAAAAACCGUCUGCUGCAGUGUGUUUUGUUUUUUGGGUUAGGAUUAUUUCAGCCGUUGAUGGGAAACGGCAGAGUUUUAAGGACUUAAACCAUAUGGUAAUGAUUCUUAGUAUUACUGAUUUCCUAAGGGAAACGCCGUAUGAGCCUUCGACCUUAGCUGUAAUUUCCGAAAAUACUAAUUUUUUGUAAUACCUGUAAUUAAUUUUUUCCAGUUUUUCACACACACAAAAAAAAAAGUGGAAUAGAAUUUGUAGUUACCUGUAAAUUUGUAAUAAAGAUGUUCAAACUUC